GACUGUUCAUGAAAAUGUCAGAUAUUUUUCACAUAACUACCAGUGAUUGUUGCUACAUUUGUAUAGUGUUGAGUAAAUAUGGAUCUUAUUUCAACCAUUCCAUAUUUUUAGUUGUUUGAGUCGAAUAUAUUUACUUAACAUACGCUGGCUGAAAAACGUUAAUUUUGAGGUUUAUUGCUUUUUCAGAGCUGCAUACAGCUGCAUUUUCCGAGCUUUGGAUUUAUGAAGAAUUAUUGACAUUUAAUUGGUGUGAAGAAUAAUGUUCGCACGUAAAUGCAGGUUAGAGUAUGAUAACGGUCAUUUUUCCCAGAAAUAAAACAUUUUUCAGCAUUCACAAUCUGAAAUUUAAAUUGCUUGGCUUGAUGUUUUCCUAAAAUGCAUUUCGGAAAGUUUUGGGUGGUUUUUACUAAUUAUAAAUCGAUAUUUUGCUGACUUUUAUUUUGUGUCUCAAACGAAAAAUUUUGCACGUUAGUGACCAAAAGUACAUACAUUUAGUAGUAUAAAUAUAGUAGAUAUAGGAUAUGACGAAACUUUUCCUGUCAAACUCUCUAGAUCUAAUCAAUAGCCUGAACAUAUUGACAUUUAUGGGAAGUGACUAAGCAUUUCAGAGUGACCGAUUACCAUUUUCAUAACGUUCAAGUUGGUAUAUCAAAAGUUUUCAUUCACUGGAUAUAAAUACUGCAUAAAUUAGAGCUGAUUUGAAGUUUGUUAUGCGCUCAAUUGAUCGCCGCUGAUUUUGUUUCGACGGAAUUAAGUGUCUCUCAUUUUCUAAUUGUCAUAAAAGCAGAAUUAAGCAUUCCUUUCAUUUAUGCUAACACGCUAAUAAGACCAUGCUUAAUGUUGUGAAAAUAACCAAUCGGGAUUAAUAAUACUUUCCGGUCACGCACUUCCAGCAAUGACACAUAAUAAAAAGUUUUCAGUAAAUUUACCGGCAAAUAUUUGUAAUGAAUAAAGUGUUAGCUAUAUAUAGAAAUUGAUUCUACUAUUCGGUAGACAGAUAGUAUUGCGCUAUAGCUGUAGCAUAUUUAGAUACGGGAUUUGCGAACCAAGUGAUUCUGCUUCUAUAUCAGUUCUGUAAUGAUUUACUUUCUAUAUGAGUUUUUUUUUAACAAUCACGAAUGAUACUUUGCUGACUAUGUGUCAUUACAUGAUUUCUAGUCAAAUUAUUUCAGUAUUAUUUAAAAUAAUAACACGUUAUAGCUUUGUUAAUGAUCGAGACUUAUUGCUGUAAUCAAUAUUGAUCGUCUGGGACAUAUUAGGGUUGUUUCAGUAAGACGCAUAUUGAACAAAGAGUUAUGGUAAAUGAGCUGUUGAGAUCUAAGGACCUGAAAAGUGUUGAUCUAAAUACGGCAAAGGAGGUUUAAAUGUUUUGAAGUUAGGGAGAUAAAAUAGUCAGUUAUACAUUGUUUUCUGAUUGAACUAGGCCUAAAAGUUAAAUCUUAGGCGUUUUCUUGACUUCAGAAACAUACGAUUGGCAAUUCUUGUUGCAGGCUUAUUUCGAAAGCACUAUUCAUAGCAUCGCUAUUGUGUAUACAUCUUUCGUCAGUCAAUUUUUGGCUUGCGUUUGUUUUUGAUAAAAAAUGCUUGUUAUUUGUAAAGGUAUCGCCAGAAUUGUGUCGCACAUCCUGUAAAACAUUCGACUCAUUUCAUGAUGUUGGUAGGUACAAGCGGUUUCUUCUCAUAGCCGCUUACAAUUUUGAUUGUUCAUUAUUCUUUCUAAGUACUUAUUAUGUUGUUACCCCACAAAGAAGAGAUUUGUAUGAAUAUCAAAAGAUUAGAUUUCACGAGGGCUUGAAACAACUCUUUGUUACACGAAUAAUAACUCCCCAAGAUGCGUUUCUUACAAAAUACUGCCCCUGAAUAAAUUCUGUACGGCACACAAUUUGGCAUAUUAUUGGAAAGUUUUUGGACAUAAUUUAGCAUAUUCUGGGAAGCUGAACUUUUGAACGUCCAAUCAAGCACUCUCCUUCACAAAAAAAAAUCAUAUCUUUACUAAGUAUCUUCAAAAAUACAAAUUUGUACAAGAAAGAACGUCGAUCAGUUUGUAAGCUUGACAUUCUAUUUAUGUUUCUGAGCAUUCUUUGUUCUCAAAAAUACUAUGUAUAUUGUUGUUGUUGUUGUUAUAUGUUUUAUGGCGCUUAUAACUUCUGUGGUCUUUUGCGCCAUUGAUCAAUUCGAAUUGAAAAUACUGUGCUAACAUAUUAUACAAUGUUUUCAAAUAAAUAUUUAUACAAUCAAAUCAAUUACAAUAAGUAUCUAGUCCUAAAUAUUUCUGCCCGUAGACAAAAUAAAUUUAAUAACAGUUUCAAUAAUGUCCCUGUUACUAAGCACUUCUUCCAAAGUUGGUUCCAAUUUAAAUUUUCUGGCUUUGCGAAUGACUGGAAUUCUCUGUUAAUUAUAUUGCUGACAACGCAGUAGAAUGUGGGCUACGGCCUCAGGUACAAAACACUGUUCGCAAUAUCUGUCGAAAUGACAACCAAUUUUAUGUAAAUGUGCAUUCAGGGCGCAAUGGCCAGUUUGCAAUCGAAACAAAAGAGCUUGAUAUUUGCGUGAUGAGGUUUCGUUUUCGAGUCGUGACAUUGCGGAGGGCAAAAUCAUAUUUCGUCAAAAGUGUGUUUGCUUUUAAAUUGAAAUAGUGUUUAGGACUGACAAGGUGGACAAAAGGGCAAAUAGAUUCGUUACCCCUGCUUCAGAUACUAAUACGAUAAUCUCAUUUGGGCGAAUGCUUUUUGUUUCCAUAAUUUCCAUUUUACACCAUUUCUAUAAAUUCAUGAUAAUUUUCAUUUUAAUGUAUAUAUGUGAUAUAAUGAUAUUAUAUUAUAUUCAAUUGUCAUUAUAGAAACGCGAUCAUUUCCGUUUUGUAUUCUGAAAGUACUUGAAAAAGCGCUUGCCAAUUGAGCUAUUUCUGUACUUCCUUGGUUCCCCAAAACGCUGCAUACUUCAUGACUUACUUUUCAAAAAAAGUGUUUUUGCUUUCUAUUGAAUAAAUAAAAGUUUUUCAAUGCAUGACUGAACUUGUGUGACCCGCUUACUCAACUGGGACUGAGAGAGCCUCUUGCAAUGACGAAUAGGUUCAUUGCACCUGCUCCAGAUACUGAUAGAACAAUCUCAUUCAAGCAUUGCAAAUUAUUAAAUGCUUUUUAUAAAUUUCAUUUUAAAUCAUUUCUAUAAAUUCAUGACAAUUUUUUUUUUAUAUAUGUGAUGCAAUAAUAUUAUGAUAUAAUAAUUAAUUGUGACUAUCGAAACGUGAACAUUUCCGUUUUGUAAUCUAGUAGUACGUAGAAAGCUUGCCAAUUGAGAUAAUUCUGUAUUAUAUCAUACAUCAUCUUGCUUCAUUUAUGACAAUACAUUUUAAACAGUUCAAAAGUUUAAAUUAAAAUUAAUUUAAACUAGCAAAUCGUGUAAAUUAGUUUCAUUUUCAACAUAAACUGUCACUGAAGUAUGAAUAAUAUUUCCGUGUACUGUAUAACUUUAGAAUGCGAUGUUGAAUAUAUAGACAACAAUGAAAUUUUAAAAUAAAACGAAAUUUUGAGAAAAUAUAUUCUGCUGCCAUUUAACUUACAAUUACUUGAAACAGCUAAGACGGAUGAAGGCACCGAGAUAGGAAAUAUCAGGUUGUCAUAAAUAGGUGAAAUGGGUACAGGUUAAAUGCAGAGUCGGUCGAGGUGGUAUUUUAACACGAAGUCGAACAGAAAUAAAUUCAUAAAGCAUAUAUAUCAAUCCCGGACGACAUGUGACAUUUUAUCGGUUUGUCGACGUCUUAAUAUUUUGAGCUUCAGUUGAUUGAGGAAAGUUUGAGGACCGCAGUUGCUCGAAUAAUAUAUAUGGAUGUAAAUUUGAAUGUUUUUUCAAAGUGCAGUUAAUCUAGAUAUGAAUCCUAUGAAAUCGUAGGAAUAUUUUAUACAUAAACCCCACUUUAGUCGCUUUAUUUUAUGGAUAAAUAUUAGUAAUAUAUAAUCAAAAUUCCGUUAAGUUAAUAUUAUUUAAUGAUGGAACAAAAUUAAACAUUUUUGAAGUAAUUGCAAUAUUUAGAAAUGGUUUGAUAUUAUAAAAAUAUGGAAACAAAAUGGGAAAUUAGUUUAGUCUUGUUGAUCAUUGUCUGACAUUUCACUAAUGCAUUUUAUAGGCCAAAAUUUAACAUUUUUGAAUGCAGUAUUUAGAAAUGGGUCGAUAUUAUACGGAUAAGGAAAUUUAGUUUUAAGUUUUGUUGAUCAUUGUCUGACAUUUCAUUUGGGCAUUUCAGUUCGGAAUUUUACAGAAAAUAUUUGCAAAUUAUAGUAUCGUAUGGUAAGAAACCAUGUCGACAAAUUGUCGAUACGAAUUUCAGUUAAAGCACUUUGGAUUUAAAGAUUGCAAACCAAGAAGAUUUCAAACUCUUCAGUGGUCGCGAAGCAAAUUUCUUUUCGUCAUUUAUCGUCUCUUUACCUUCACGUUUCAACUGGGAUGGAUGAUCGCCGGUUGCAUUGGAAGAUCAGAUUCAUACUUUUUCAAACUAUCAAACUGGUGCAUGUUCUAUAGCACAAUAUAUUAUGGAUUUGCCUGUAUUUCUGCAAUCCAUGGUUUGUUUGUCAACAAUGAAAAAAAUGAAAAAAAGAAGUCAUCAGCUACAUGUGGAUAUUAUAACAACGCUCUUACUCAAAGUACAGAGGAAAUUAAAAAAAGAAAAUUAUCUAUUUCUGAAUCAAUUGAUGUUGAAGCGACACAGAAUAUUGAAUCAGAUAACGACGAUCUUCGUUGGUUUCACAAAAUCACCUGGAUAUUCCAUACAAUAGCAUUUGAUACCGUUGUUCUUGUGACAGCUGUAUACUGGAUUGCAGUUUUUCCAACUGAAGCUAAAGAAGAUCAAGAUAUUCACGGCUAUGCAAAACACGCUAUGAACAUAGGAUUACUUUUUAUAGAUAUGCUGUUUGUCAACACACCCGUGCGAUUUUUACACACAAUAUACAUGAUCCUUGCAUGUGUUUGUUACUCCGUUUUUCUUGUAAUUAUUCACUUUGUUGGACUAGAAUCAUCUGUUUAUGGUUUUACAAAUUUUGACGAAAAUCCGGGUUUAGCAGCUGGCGUUUUGGCUUUAGUAACUUUCGUUGGAUCAUGGAUUUUUCAUUCAUUAUGGUUUGGAAUUUACCAUUUCCGAUGGUUCUUGAGUAGGUCUUGCCAUGUUGAAUGAAAUUAAGGAAAAGACUGCUGUUUACAGGCGGUCUAAUUUAUUUUGCAAUCUCAAAAUAGUUGAAUUUCGAGUGUUUCAACGCUAUUUUUUUUAAGAAACAGCAUCAGUACUUCAAACAAGAUUAGAAACUGUAUAACACAAGUGAAAAUAAAACCUCAUUUAUGAUUUGAUUUAUUUGUUUUAUUAAUCACUAUGUUUUUAUUUCGUUAGAACCGCUUUUGCUGUAUAUGAUUAAAACACUUUGCGAUUUGAAAUGAUUUGUAUAUAUAAGAUAUUUUAUCCAAUUCAAUAAAUUUUGAAUAAAUAAAUUAUAUUUUACAAGUC